UAAAAUACUCACAAAUUUGAAGAGAAAAUGAAGAGCUUUUGUUUCCUUGUUUUCUUGGCUCUCCUGGCAAGUACAUCCUCAUUUGAUCUGAUUAGUGCUCAAACUUGCAAACCAAGUGGUGGUAUCCGCGGAAAAAAACCACCACCUGGACAAUGCAACAAGGAGAAUGACUCGGAUUGUUGUGUCCAAGGUAAGUUUUACACCACGUACACAUGCUCGCCUCCGGUGUCAAGUGAAACAAAGGCUACAUUGACGAUAAACAGUUUCCAAGAGGGAGGUGAUGGUGGUGGUCCAUCAGAGUGUGACAACCAAUACCAUUCCGAUGACACGCCAGUCGUGGCAUUAUCAACUGGAUGGUACGAGGGAGGAGAUAGGUGUCACAAAUAUAUUACGAUAAAUGGAAAUGGGAGGAGUGUGAAGGCAAUGGUUGUGGACGAGUGUGACUCCACCAUGGGGUGCGAUUCCGAUCAUGACUAUCAGCCUCCUUGUCCGAACAACAUUGUUGAUGCUUCCAAAGCCGUGUGGAAAGCCUUAGGGGUAUCCGAAGAUAACUGGGGAGAUUUGGAUAUUACUUGUGCUCAGACGUGCAAACCAAGUGGUGGUAUCCGCGGAAUAAAACCACCACCAGGACAAUGCAACCAAGAAAAUGAUUCGGAUUGUUGCGUCCAAGGUAAGUUCUACACCACAUACACAUGCUCGCCUCCGGUGUCAAGUGAAACAAAGGCUACGCUUACGAUAAAUAGUUUCCAAAAGGGAGGUGAUGGAGGUGGUCCAUCGGAGUGCGACAAUCAAUACCACUCUGAUGACACACCAGUGGUGGCAUUAUCAACGGGAUGGUACGAGGGAGGAGAUAGGUGUCACAAAUAUAUUACGAUAAAUGGAAACGGGAGGAGUGUGAAGGCAAUGGUUGUGGACGAGUGUGACUCCACCAUGGGGUGCGAUUCCGAUCAUGACUAUCAGCCUCCUUGUCCGAACAACAUUGUUGAUGCUUCCAAAGCCGUGUGGAAAGCCUUGGGGGUAUCCGAAGAUAACUGGGGAGAUUUAGAUAUUACUUGGUCAGAAUGAUUUACCUUUUUCUCAACAAAAAAUUAUUAUAUAUGAUUUGCUUCU